AUGGGAGAAUGGACUAUUCUAGAGCGCCUCCUGGAGGCCGCCGUGCAGCAGCACUCCACUAUGAUCGGCAGGAUCCUGCUGACGGUGGUGGUGAUCUUCCGCAUCCUGAUCGUGGCCAUCGUCGGCGAGACGGUGUACGAGGACGAGCAGACCAUGUUCAUCUGCAACACCAUGCAGCCGGGCUGCAACCAGGCCUGCUACGACAAGGCCUUCCCCAUCUCCCACAUCCGCUACUGGGUCUUCCAGAUCAUCCUGGUCUGCACGCCCAGCCUCUGCUUCAUCACCUACUCUGUGCACCAGUCGGCCAAGCAGCGCGAGCGCCGCUACUCGCUCAUCUACCCCAUGCUGGAGCGCGACUACGGGGCGCGCCGGCUGCGCAACAUCAACGGCAUCCUGGUGCACGGCCACUCCGACGGCGGCGGAGGAGGAGGCAAGGAGGAGCCGGACUGCCUGGAGGUGAAGGAGAUCCCCAACGCGCCGCGGGGGCUGACGCAGGGCAAGAGCAAGGUGCGGCGGCAGGAGGGGAUUUCGCGCUUCUACAUCAUCCAGGUGGUGUUCCGCAACGUGCUGGAGAUCGGCUUCCUGGCUGGCCAGUACUUCCUGUACGGCUUCAACGUUCCGGCCAUGUACGAGUGCGACCGCUACCCUUGCGUCAAGGAGGUGGAGUGCUACGUUUCGCGUCCCACCGAGAAGACCGUCUUCCUGGUCUUCAUGUUUGCCGUGAGCGGCAUCUGCGUGGUGCUGAACCUGGCCGAGCUCAACCACCUCGGCUGGCGGAAGAUCAAGGCGGCUAUCAGGGGCGUGCAGGCGCGCCGCAAAUCCAUAUGCGAGAUCCGGAAAAAAGACAUGUCCCAUCUCUCGCAGCAGCCCAACAUGGGCAGGACUCAGUCCAGCGAGUCAGCCUACGUCUGA